AGGAUGAAGGUGACCAGAUCAGUUACAGGAUGGUCCCAUCGACCCAGCUGCAGGUGGACGAACUCAGUGGAGAGGUGACCGUGAAGCGAACACUGGACUACGAGACCACUCCGGAGCUGACACUGCAGCUGACGGCCACUGAUCUGGCUGACCACCGUGCAUACGCUGAGCUGGUCGUCACCAUCAUCGACGUCAACGAUGAAGCUCCUGACAUAGACGCGGAGCCCUCCAUUACUAAUGUGACCGAGGUACCUGAGAAAGGUAAGGUCAUAGCACAAAUCACUGCCUCCGACCAAGACACGGAAGCAGUCCUGGAACUCUCCAUCGACUGGGACGCCUCUUCCGCCACCAAACUCGGUAGAAAAGUGGACGAAGUCGAUCAACCUCUCUACACAGGCGCCUUCGAAAUUGAGACUAUUGAAAACAAUAAGAGAAAUGUAAAGGCAAACUUAGUUACCACUGGAUCUCCAGAACUGGACUGGGGCAAACUUGACACCAUCUACCUCGUGCUGGUGGCGCACGACACAGCUACGGAUCAGAAGUAUCUUGAUAACAGCAAGAAAACAGUCCAAAUGACAAUUACCAUCGAUGACAAAAACAACAACGCGCCAGUAUUCAAUGAAGUUGGCACGCUGAGUGUGAAGGAAGAGGAGGCCGACCUUCCGAUCGCAUUCAUAACCGCAGUGGAUGCUGACGGCCCUGGUAACAACGAUGUCACAUACUCCAUUAGCGGUGAGCUGGAGAUGUACGACGGUUAUGUCACUAUAAACAGUGCGACGGGUGAAAUCCGGACAAUCAAGAAGAUAGAUUGCGACAAGGAGGGUUACGCCACCAUUUCAUUGGUCGUCAAAGCCAGUGACGGAGAGCUCGACACCACAAAGACAAUAUCAAUUUCUGUAAUCGACAUAAAUGACAAUGGACCGGUGUUCGAAGACUUCGAUACGGCUGUGUCCAUCCCAGAACGCACCGAUGACGGCACAGAAAUCUUGCAGAUCAUCGCAACCGAUGCUGACAUCACAGAGAAAUUCAACACGAUCAGGUACCAAAUGCAGAACACCGACGACAACCAGCUCUAUUUUGCGGUGGACAGCGUGACUGGCGUCCUGAGUGUGAGGCUAGCCGAGGGAAAGGUGCUCCGUCGAGAAGACAAAGAGACCUUCACCAUCGACAUCGUGGCGCGGGACAACUACAUCGACGGAGUGCCUGGUGAUGGAGACUCCAACUCCAACUCGAUAACAAUAAUCGUGACCCUAGAAGACAUCAACGACAACGCACCAGAAUUCUUAUCACCUGAUGAAGUCAUGGUGGAUGGGUGUUUCGUAUCAGACAUGGGUGAAAUCACUGAGGAGGUGUUGAAGGAUCAAAAUAUUGGAGAAGUAAAAGCGUUAGAUACUGAUGCCGGGGAAAAUGGAACUGUAUCCUACUCCAUCAUAUCCAUCACAGAUAUACGUACAGGGGAAGAACCAGCACUUUUCACUGUUGAUGAGACCUCUGGAAUAGUGACAGCUGCUGUUGACCUCUUAGACUUGUGGGGCGAGUAUGAGGUGUUAUUCAAGGCAGUUGAUCUUGGGUCACCACCUCUGACUGGCAAUAUCACCUACACCUUUUGUGUUAAAGAUGUAAAUAACCAUAAACCUUCCUUUGUGUACCCAGAAGAUGGAGACACCAUUCGCUUAAGAGAAACACAACGUGUUGGAAGCCGACUUUAUGAUUGGCAAAAUCAACCAUUACCAGAUUUUGAAGUCACAGAUGAGGAUGAUCCAUCAACUGGAAAUGGACAGGUGACAGUUACUGUCACAGGUGGGGCUGAAGAUAUCUUCACAAUAGGUGACAGUAAGGAUAAAAAUAAAUUCCAACUCUUACUCCUACAGCCACUUUCUGACUUCCCCAAAAACACAAGCUUUGAGUUACAACUGACAGCAAUGGAUGGUGGAGUUCCAGUACAAUCAAGAAAUAUAACGUUGCACAUCAAGAUCAUAACUAUUACAGAACAGCCCCCUAUUUUCUCAAAUCCACAGUGGACAACAAGUUUUCCAGAGAAUAGCAGCGGCGUUAAUGAGAUCAGAAUAAUACCAGAGGCAACAGAUCCCAACAAUGAAAAUCUUGAUGAAGAUGACCAACAGGCUAUAUACUAUUAUAUUGUUGGUGGAGAUGAGGAUUUGUUUCAGCUGAAUAACACCUCUCGUGAAUUAAAACUGAAUGGUCAAGAAUUAGAUUAUGAAAAUGCUACAAGCCACACCAUAUAUGUACUAGCAACUAAUAGUGAAAAAAAACCAGAAGACGACCCUGCUCUUGAGAACAAUGAUUCAGUACUGAAAUGCAUAAUACAAGUUACAGAUGUAAAUGACAUGCCUCCAGAAUUUGAAAAUAAUUUGAUUGCUGGAGGAUUUACUAUUGACUUUACAGUUGGUACAGUCAUCUUUACUGUUAAGGCCACUGAUCCAGAUCUGAAUGACGUGGUAACUUAUCGUCUGUACGGUGACAUAAGUGCAUCCACUGACAGUCUAACCAGUAUUAAAGAUAAUGCAUUAUUGGUAGAAGAAAAUGGUGAUAUAGUUCUCAAUUUUGAACCACAAGAUGAGACACUGGAUGGAUUCUUUUCAUUUGAAGUACGUGCUAGGGAUUCAUUUAGUCCAGAUGACGUAUUUGGUCAUUAUGCAGAUGCCGAAGUGCAGGUGCAUGUAAUAUCAAAUAUUCAUCGAGUCACAUUCCAGUUCCUCAACAACAGGACAUAUGUUGAGAGCAGAAGAGAUAUGAUGGAAGACAUUUUCAGUGAUGUAUUCCAGUAUGACUGUGGCAUUGAGAGCACCAAGCAAAGUGUUGAUCCUUCAAGUGGACUGGCACUAGCAGAUUCAACUGAUGUAGUUGCUCAUUUCGUUGAUGCUGUAGGGAAACAUCCAGUUGAGAGAGAUGUAAUCACACGGCAAUUUUAUGAGCAAGACACCUUCAUCCAGCUGCAGUCAAGGUUUUGGAUAGAGCUGAACCUUAACCUUAAGAGUUACCAGGAAGUAGGCAGCAAAGAUGCUACGAACAUAGAAGGCAUUCUAACCAUAAUAUUAAUUGUGGUUUCAGCAGUGCUUGGAACAAUGGUAAUAGUGCUGUUCGUGGCAUUCUUCCUCCGAACAAAAACAUUGAAACGUCGCUUAGAGGCUCUCCAAGAAUUAAAAUUUGGAUCCCAAAAUUCUGGCUUGAAUCGUGUUGGAGUUGCUGUACCUAAUACCAACAAACAUGCAGUAGAAGGGUCGAAUCCUAUGUGGAGAACAGAAGCAGUUAUUGAUUAUGACAAUGUCAGCCAAAGUAGUGGUGAUUCUGAUAUGAUUGGCAUAGAAGACAAUCCUGAGUUUCAGCCCAGUAAGAACAAAUCACAGAUCCUUGAUGGUCCACAGCCAAGAAAACUUACUGGGAUUCUCAACAAAGAAUUCACUUUUCAUCCAGAUGACUCUGAUGACAAAUUAAAAACUGAAAGUCAGUACCUAAGCCCUGAUUCUUUAGGUGAAGGACAACAACCAAGAAGAAUUACUGAAACACUUAAUAACAAUUUUAUUUUGCAAUAUGACAAUGAUGCUAAUGAUCUUAAUCAGAAAACUCAAAGUGUAAAUCCUCUUGCCAAUGGAAAUCUGACAAACACAGAUAAUUAUGAAGGAAAUGACAAUUUUAGUCUCAAGCCAACAGAGUCUGUACCUGUUACACAGUUGUAGUAAGGCUGCCUCAGGCACUGUCUCAGGGCAGUACUUAUAUCUUAAGAGUUAUGAUCUUCACUUCAUUUCUUAACUCUAAAUGACAGUGUGAGAAAUAUGUACUGCAACUUACUUCAUUUAGAGUACAGCUGAGCACUUAAGCUGUUAUGAUUAAUUACAUUUUUUUCUGUGUAUUCAUGUUUACCUUUAAAUGUCUGUGAUUUUCCUUGGAAGUUGUGAAUUUGCAUGAGACUGACA